UAAAGUGAUCUGCUACAAAACGGCUUUUGGGGCUCUUUUUAAAUUUCUUCACUUCAAGUUGGCAUAAAAAACUCUUCAUACUGUCGAGCUCACGUCCGCAGCAAUGGUUAAUGUUCAUAAAGGAAUUCUCGUCAAUGACCCUGCUAUGAAACAAUUUCUCCUACAUUUAGCAGAAAAUUUAGUUUUGGGCAAAAAUUUCGUACAUACGGAUUUAGAUGACUAUCAUUUGUUUAUCGAUGCAGAUAUUCUUAGUAAACUUCAAGAGAAAGUAGAUGGUUUGAUGGAGAGUUUAUCUUUUCCAAUGACUGUUGAAAAUGACUGAUUUUGUUGUUCCAUUUUUGAAUGUUCACUGUUCAGUCAUCCUACACUUUACUCGUUUUUGUAAAAGUGCAACAGUUGUCCUGUUGUUUAUCAGUAUUCUGUGAAUAGCGUUAUUCCUUGUAAUCUGAUUACUUAUACCGUACAAUGUCAUAUUUUGUAAAUAACUAAUAUGUAAAAAUGACUUUCGAAAUAUACGGUUAUACAUUACUACCGUGUUUUGUUUACCUCUCCAAUUCAUUAUUUCUAAACGGCACUUUAAGUUCACUGAUUUCGAAGGGUAUGAAACAAUGUUGUCACCAUCUCGUUUGACACUCGAUGAUUUUUUCGAGCCGAACGUCAUAUAUUUCUCACUCUUAAUAUAUCAGUUUAUCUAUAGACUUCCCCAG